AUGUUGAGCAACACCACGGCGAUCGCCGAGGCUUGGGCUCGAUUAAAUCACAAGUUUGACCUCAUGUACGCGAAGCAUGCUUUCGUGCACUGGUACGUGGGCGAAGGCAUGGAAGAGGGUGAGUUUUCGGAGACUCGUGAGGAUCUGGCGGCUUUGAGAAAGACUAUGAGGAGGUUGGAAUAG